CAUACAUAAGAAUUUGUAAACUUCUUAAAAACAUUCCAUUACAAAAUAAAAUUAUGACAUCAAAAUGCCAACCACCAAAGAGUCCAUACUACAAGCAUGAAUUCAACAUAUGUUCAAUACCGACAUCCAUCGAUCCACUGUUUAUGGAAAAUAUUAAUGAUGUAGCAGAUACAAUGGUUGAGAUUUUGAUUGUAUGUGGCAUACACCGUUGCAAGGCCAAAGCAGCUAAAUGUAUAGUAAUCAAAGCAUUUAAAUUUUACGAUAUCAAACGACAUCGAUUUGAUGUGAUCGAGGAUGCAGGCAUUUGUAGAAGUGACAUGAUCUGUGAAUUUCAAUGUAAAUGCAUGAUGACUCAUAUAGAAGCUAUGCUGGCAUACUGCAUUGUUAAGAGAGCUGUAAAAGCUUUUUAUCAUGGAACUCCUGACUACAGUAUACGAAGUCCUAUUACUGAGGCUGUCAUACUAAAGGAACAAGAAUUCAUAUGGCAACAUGCUGCCACAAGAACCAUCAACGUGUUUGAAACGUACGAACCUCUGCUUUUCCACGCACAUCAAAAUUAUGCCAAGCAAAUUGUAAAAAUCUACCAAGAAUUACAUGAUCGCUUAAAAAGUCGUGCCGAUCCCGUAGUAAUUGAAGAUUUUCAUCCCAGAGGUUGUGUUAAAAGGGUUAUUAUUGGAACAAAAUCACCAACUAAUUUGAACAACGAAAAACCAUUGUGUGUCGAGAAAUGUGAAAAAAUUGUACAAAUGAAUACGUUUAUCGAGAAUUUGCCAAACAAAGAGUUUCCAUUAGAAAAUGCAUCCAACUCUUGUGAUUUAAUUGGUGGUUUUAGGAAAACCUCUGCAUCAACUCUUCCCAUCAAUGUACAAGAAAAGCGGAAGAAAAAACCAAAAAAUAUUGGUCUUAAUCUUCCACGCUGUUAUAAAUGCAAUUGUCCUCAGUUGAUUUGUGAUUGUAAUAUAGAAAAAGAUACUGGCAUAGUAGCAAUCGAAUGUUCACAGGGUGCAUACGAAUGCCAGUGGUUUAGAAUUGAUAAACAUGACGAACAUGAUCCGUGUACAGAAAAACGAGAACUACAUCAAUGUCCAGUUGAUUGUCCAACCUCGGAAAGCUCCAGCGAAUCAGAUGAAUGUGAAUAUUGUGAAUGCUCUGGCGAAGAUGAAUCGGACAAAAGUUCAGAAAAAUUAGAAGAGGAAUAAUUUUAAGAAACGGAUAAUGGAGAUACUUUACAUAUCGUCACCUAAAAUGCAAAACAAUGUAUCAUCAAAAAAUUCGAAACUGAUUUUAUUAUUGAUUACG